AUGCGGACCGACCACAAGGGCCGAAGUGCCUCUCCUCACAGGAUUUCAUACGAGUCUGACUUCCACGCCAUUAAAUGCUCAUUUGACAGCGGGACCAGACUAAAACAUGGAUCCAGGUCCGCUUCCUCCCAGCGUUCUUCAUUGCACCAAUCAAGCCUACCAGCUAACCUCUCAGAGCCCCUUGUGUCCCUCCCCAGCAGCGGCCGAGGAAGAACCCAAAGCGCCAGAGGGACUAAAAUUCGGGACAACAUUUUCCUCCAAAUGGACAACCGACAAUUGAAACAAAAUAGCAGUUCGCUGCAGUCUCCUCAGAAUCCCAACCCGCAGCUACAAAGCGCCAGCGUUUCUACUUCUGAAACCUUCCUACCAGAUAAACCAGCUAAAUCAGAGGAGAUCAAGGAUAUAGACCGGGCUGCCCUAGCACAAAAGUUCUCAGUGACUCGGAAGUUGUUUGAGACUAAAAUGACUGGCGCUUGUAGUGGAGGACAGCUGACACAAUGUCCUCUAGACAAAGCCUGUGACAUCAAUGCAGAGAAAUACGCAAGUGAGCCUAUCAUUAAUAAUCCAAAGAACGCUUUAAUAACAAGCCUUAAAUCUCUGUCAGAUGUCCACAGUGGGGAAGCAAAUAAAUCUCCACGUGCCGAGGCCGAAAAAUCGUCUCUUAGCUCUAGCUUGACCCCUGAGCAGCUCGUCAGGGCAGAGCUUGUCCAUGUCAAGUCAUCAGAGAGCGAUGAAAGCGAGGAGAAGGAUAAAGAAUGGGUUUGGGAGCAUUUUAUGGGCAACAACAUACACGUGGAAGACCUGGUGGAUGAUGUUUUUGAAGAGCUCAGGGUGGAAACGCCGCAUCUUUGCUCGGUGGAAUUAAAGUCAGGAGGCUGGAGAUCCGUGGCAGACAAGUAUGAGCAGGUGGACCAACAAUGUAGGGAGGAGUCGAUGCGACAUGCUCGCAAGCCACAAAACGAGCGCUACGACAGGGGUGAAGUUCUGCUAGCCAUUCCUGAAAAAGGGGAUGUUGAGAAGAUUUGUAGACAAAAUAAAGAGGAAAUGGUAGCUUCCUUGACACCUGACAUGCAGGAAUGUCGAGAGGAGAGGAUGGAAGCAAAAGGUGAUUUAAAUGGAACUUCCGGGGCGCAGAUUUGUGAGAUUGAGAACAAAUAUUUAGAACGAGAGCACACGUCUGACAGGCAAGACCUGGAAAACACUCUGCACGUGGGCAACCAGCUUUCUCUGGACUAUGAAGAAAUUCCCAACAUUCCUGAACUACCUGAGGAGAAUGACGAAGAUGGCGCAGAAGGCCCAAAGAAAAUUGUCCGUUUCUCCUCAGCACCUAUAAAGGUUUACACGACCUACACUAACGCAGAGUACAACAGAUGCAACAACGACAUCGAUCCCGUGUCCGCCUCGGCGGAGUACGAACUGGAGAAGAGGGUAGACAAGAUGGACCUUUUUGAAGUGGACAUUAAAAAAGAACAAGAUGGACUAGGCAUCAGUAUCAUCGGAAUGGGGAUAGGUGCGGACCAGGGCUUGGAGAAACUAGGAAUCUUUGUCAAGACGAUCACAGAAGGUGGAGCCACACAUAAUGACGGGCGGAUUCAAGUGAAUGACCAGAUUGUGGAGGUGGAUGGUAUAAGUUUGGUGGGUGUGUCCCAGCUGUUUGCAGCAACGGUGCUCAAAAAUACAGCAGGCUUGGUCAAAUUUCUGAUUGGCCGAGACAAGGAAGGGGUAGAAAGUGAAGUGGCGCGCUUGGUCAAUGAAAGCCUUGAAAUGGAGAAGACUGCACAAAAGAGUGCAAAAACAAGUGGCAACUCGGAAACUGACGUCAGCAUGGAUGAGGAUGAGGAGGAGGACAUGUCUAUUCUUUCCUCUCUGGAUAACGACCAACUAUGCCUUAAAUACCAGAAGCUUCAAUCCAAACUGCAGAGAAGAACAGCCCAGCUGCAAAAAGCAAGAGAAAAGUUAAAGGAGUACGAGGAGGAGCAAGCCAAUUGGGAGAGACAUAAAGCAGAGCUGGAACAAAAAGUGGAGGAUGGAGAAGAGAAGGCUGACAAGCUUGAGAAGUAUUGGCAAGAGGCCCAGACACUUUGCAGGGUGGUGAGCCAGCGACUGGCAGAUGCCCAGAGCCAAUCAGACAGCUUGGAAAGCAAGUACAGUAAGGCCAAGAGACUGGUCAGAGAGUACCAGAGCAGAGAGGAGGAGGCCAAGAGCAGACAAUCAAAAUUGCGUCAAGAAAUGCAGGAGAAGGAAGAUAAUCACAAGGAGGCCAUUGAAAGGCUUCAACUUCAGUUGGAAGGUAGAGAACCGGUGACAACCUUGAAGCCACGCUGUGUGGACCCGUCAGUCCCAGAUUCAGACUGGUAUGUUGCAGUUCCUCAAACGGAACGACUGGACUGCAGCGCGCACAUAGCCCGGUGUCUGCUGGCACGGAAUUUGAAACGCCAUCCGCCUUCACAAGAUAAACUUAGGGAGAGCCUUAAAAAAAUGGUGCGAGAUGAACUAAAGCCGCUGGAGAGCCGAUUGGAAUCGGAAGAGAUCGUACGAAGUAGCGGUGAAGUGGAACUUUGCAGUUCUUCUGUUACAACGGACAGCCCCACAACACCGCCCGUUUUCAUCACUGACACCAGCGCUGUCAUCACCCUGCCAAUCAUAUCCUCCACUUCCAGAAAAUCCAAAAGAAAAAUGCCUGACUUUAGUGGUCUUCGCAAGUCUCUGAGCAAGAGGAAGAGUGAAAAACUGCUGAGAAGGUCCAAAAAAAACAGGGCGUCUUGUGGAGACCUUCCAGACAAGCCAUCUGAAGUUUCUCCGUCAGGCUCGGUCACCUCCAUGCCGUCGUGCUUGCCCUUUGCCUGGUUCGCAGAGCGAGGGAAGGAGAAAGACGAGGAGGGGAGAAAACCGGGCAACUCAGAGAAGUUCCGCUCUGUGUCCAGCAGCAGUUUGCCCUACCUGACUACCUCGUGUAGGGGAGAUCAGAGUGUUGGCUGUCGGUUGGAUAGCUUCAGCGCAGGGGGUCAUGGCUCUAAUCACUCGCUCUCCAGACACUCUCACACUUUCACCUUUUCAUCCACUGAGACUUUGGACGACCCACUGCUAUGUAAAAACGACAACCAGUGGCAAAGUCGACCCAUGUUGGAGUGGAGCAGCCAUCAGGUGUGCCUGUGGUUAGUGGCCAUGAACAUGGAGCAAUACAUGAGCGACUUUGCAGCACGAGGCGUGGAUGGGGCUCAGCUGCUCACCAUGGACACGGACAAACUCAAGGCAAUGGGCGUGUGUCAAGGCGACCGCGCCUCCCUCAAGAAGAAGCUAAAGGAGAUGAAGAAAACUGAGGAAAAAGAAGAGCGAGGAAGGGAGAAAAAACGCAGGGGGGAGUCCAAACGAAAAGACAAGAUUUCCGAGAGCGAAGGUGCAACCGCCGGGACUCGACGGAUCGGCAGAAAGCCCAGAUCCGAGUCGCUCCUCUAG